UUUUGUUCAGUCAUGCGAUCUCUAGUUUGGGAACAGUUCACCUAAAACUGCUCAGUUAUUUCGCCUCAAUUUUGCUUGUGUCGUUCAAUAGUAAAUUGUAGUGUUUAACCACUCUCAAAUGAGAAAAUGCAAGCACAGUUGCCCAAAGUAAACCGCGGUCAAAAGAUUCUUUUCUCUCAAUUUGACCAUGUGAAGAAUGUUGACGAAAAUUAUGUUGAAGAGUACACCGAUAAAGUCGUAGACGUUAAAUAUCACGAGUUGGAUCUGGUAAAAGAAGAUUUAGCAGUAUGGAUUAACAAGAUUCUGGGUAUCCAUUACCUCAAUCGAGAAAAUUUACUACAGGAACUUGAUAAUGGAGCGAUUCUAUGCCAUUUAGCAUUGUCUAUUAAAAGGCGCGCAAAAAUCGCAAUUGUGGGAGGAUUGAUAAAUAAAGGCAUUCCUAAAGUACGCGAAAAGUACUUCGAAAAUGCUAUGCGGAAGAGUUUUUUCUCACGCGAUAAUAUGGAGAACUUUAUACAAUUUUGUCGUUCGCUCGGCGUGCAUCCAAAUUUGCUUUUUGAAAGCGACGAUUUGGUCCUUCAUAACAACUGGAGAAAUGUGAUCCUAUGUCUUCUAGAAGUCGCGCGCCUUUCUGUUCAGUACGGUAUCGAGCCACCAAAUUUGGUACAAUUUGAAAAGGAGGUUAUGGGCAAGUCUCAUUAUCCUACAUCUGAUUAUCAAAUUGAUUCACAAAUAUCUUGGCAAUUCCAAUCGUUACCAUCACGUUUUAAUUGUGAAGAAAUUAUCAAUUCACAUAGCAGCCCCACUUGCGAACCAGACAACAAAGAACAAUCAUUCUGUGCAAUAAAGGGAACAGAUGAGCAGUACCAAUCCUUACCAAUGUCCUACUCUGCAGCGAAAGCAGAAAUCGAUUGGAAAACAGUUAAGGACGAUUUUUACACAUUUAUCGAUAGUAAAAUGCUGAAUGACACAAAUAAAAACUUUGAUGAGCUUGAUCGUAAGGUAGAACAAGCAGUGUACCUGUUACAUUCCAAAUGUAAAUGUGUUAAUCCAAGAUUGGUCAAGUUGAAGAUUAAAAAGAUUGGAGAAGGCCGGUAUACUAUAGCCGGAAGAAAUGUGUUUGUACGUUUACUCAAAGAUCGUCACAUGAUGGUAAGGGUGGGCGGUGGAUGGGAUACCUUCGAACACUUUUUACAGAAAUACGACCCGUGCCAGGUGAACGGCAAGGAGUUUAAACCGUUCAUUGUAACAAGACCUAUGGCAGUCUCAGUGUUGUCAAAUGUACCAAAACGUUACUCCUAUUACAGCAGCUUCAAAAAAAUUCUACGACCUGGCGAGAGCACAAUAUAAACUUAAAUUACAAAACACGAUUUUCAUUGUAGAGACGACUUAGAGCAACAUAAAAAA